AUGGCGCAUCAAUUAACGGAAUUGCCGCAAGGUGUGCUGGCGAUGUUGAAUGCAAUGCACACGAACGACGUGCACACAGUACUGUAUAAGAAUUUAGCAAAUUUACUAGAUUUAUUAUCCCUGAUCAAUUGUUAUGUUGGUUUUAUCACUUACUGUUUCCUGAGUUCGAAGUAUCGGCAGACAUUUCUAGUCAUGUUUAUUGAUUCGUAA